CGACAAAUCACCAGUUCAUCAAUUCACUUCCGCGUGAUAGUGACGGUGAUUUUGUAAUUAUGACUGGAUUCUGUCAUCACGAAUUGUAGAAUAUGGAAUGUCAGACAUCCUCAGAACACGGUCACGGUGCCCGACCUCAUCCUGCUAGACCCCCACCUCCCACACAGAGCACAUCACAGAGACAGAACAUCGUCACAUUCACAGACUUUAAGAAAUGUUACCACCAAGCCACCCAGAGUGCAGAAAAAGGGUUAACGUAUGACGAGGAGGACAGAAACAGUGAUGCCAUAGCCACCUACACACAGGCUGUUGAAUCCAUCAAUCAAGUGCUGGCAGUCGAUUGUGUGAAAAUACCAGGAGCCAGUGCUGAUGAGGUAAACUCGGCUAAAGAAAUGCAGCUAAAGCUCACAAAAACCAAGCUGCAGGUCGAGUACAGGCUUCAGGCUCUGCAGGCUGUGCCGUCCGCUUCAAACGGACCAACAAUGGCAGAUCUGAUGGAGAUGCAGUCGCCUCCUUCCUAUGAAGAGGUGAUGAGUGCGGAUUCGGCAGCGUCUGUUGCACAGAACGGUGAUGCCGAGAUGAUGGCAUUGGGCGAUAGCAUCAUGGCGCAAGAGACACCUGGCAGAAGUGUUGUAGCAAACGCGACUCGUGUGUUUGAAAUUCCUGAUGGCGUGCAGAUAUUUUUCAUAACACCUGAAGGGUACGUCAGUGCUCCGUCCUAUCCAAGUUCUUUGCAGGUGUUUAAGUUCUUGGGUCAAACCGUUCAGAUGGGAGCAACGGCUGAGCAGCAGCCCCCAGCAUUCAUGCAGGUAAACGAUUGGGUGUACCCUCUCAUACCAGACACAUCGCCCGCUCUGCACACCAGCUACGGAGCAUACAUGUUUCCAGAUACAGCUUCACAAGCUCCAGGAGCUGCUGUGGGGUUGAUACUGCCUGAAGGACUGUCUGAAGCUACAAAGGAACAAUUUGAAACACUGAUGCGCUCUUUGACCGUCAUGGAAGAUCAGUCACCAGAGGCUGCCAGUUAUGUUCCUCCAGCCACGCGAACCCAGGAACAAGUUUCUCAACCACAGAAAACGCACGAGAUUGGUGAACAGGAGGAUGAGGAAAACCGAGAAUCCACCACUGCGAGGAAAAUAUCCAAAGGUGUCCUUAUUGCUGCUGACUGGAUUUCCUGGGGUGUUCAGAAGGGAGCGCAGAAGGCUGGGAAACUCAUCCACUACGGGUCAGAAAAGGUCCAGCAGCGCAUUUAUCCAAAGGGUGAAGAGUCGAAGGUUCACCCGGAUGUUCAGAAGGCAGCAGAAUACAUCCGCACUGGAACCCAUGUGGCAACAACAGUCAGCAGCUUUGUGGUCACUAAACUUGGUGAGGCUACAGCUGCAAUGGGUCGGUAUUUGGCACCACAUGUCAGAAAACAGGGUGGGAAACUGCUCAACAAGUCUGGACUAGUCAAAACCUCAUCUGGGAAAAGCAAGAUGGAUGGGGUGCUUGAGGUAGCAGCCAGUGGUAUUCAAGGAUUUGGAACAGUGUACAUGAGUCUAGAAGCUGCAGCCAUAGAACUUGCAAGAAACAUUGCUAAUGAAACAGUUGAUAUUGUUAAUCUUAAGUAUGGCAACCAAGCAGGCAAUCUGACUGAAAACACUUUAUAUUCAGUUGGCAAUGUGGCCAUGACCACACACCAUAUUAAAAAUCUUGGAAUCAAGGCUGUCGCAAAAAGGGCUGCCAAAGAAACGGGAAAGGCUGUGAUAAAUGAUUUACAAGACAAUAGUACAUCGAAAGAGAAAAGUGAGCCCCACGCAAGUAAAGAUGUCAGUUCAGAGCAAAAGAAGAAACCCAUGUAGAAUUUUAAAAGAGACCAUCUUGCAUUUGCUGCUGUUGUGAUGUGUUUCCAUUCAUUUGAACUUAUUUUCUUGCUGAAAUCCAAUUAAGGUUCAAGCAGUCUCCCGGGCACACACCUCAGCUAUCUGGGUUGUCUGUCCAGGACAGUGAGCUAGUGGUUAGUGAGAGAGAUA